CUAUUGUCAGAAUAAGCGUACCCUCAGACCAUCGUCUUUUCUUUUUUUGUAGAUAUGAUUAAAGACCGCUAUUCAAACAUCAGGUUGCAUAGCACGUAGUUACAGCUGGGUACCAUCAGAACGACUGUCAUCGAAAGUUGACAAGGGUAUUCUGAUGCUUUUAUUUUACCGCUUAACAGUUUAAAGUUAUCCUACGUUAUUUUAUUGCUUAUAUACGUAUUGCUCUUUAAAAUGUUAAUUGUUUAUAAUUGGAUAUCAUUACAUUGACAGUCGUUCAUUGAUUCGGGUUAACCAGUUGUUAGCCUAUUUAAAGUAAUGAAGUAGCUGUGGUGAGAUGAGAUGUGGUAUUCUGGGUUCCAGUGCUAAAGUUUUCACCUACUACCGUAUCAUCACUUACAUGUAAUCAUUUUAAGUUUUCUCCAGGAAUGAAUGAGCAAAUGUCGCUGAAAUUAUAUAAAGACAUAUUUAAUUAGGCUACGAAUAAAUAAUGCUGAUGAGAGCGGCGGACACCACUCCAGCUCGCGAGGAGAAACAUUGCUUGGAACGAGACGGUGUUUCUUCGGCAUCACCGCGAGCUGCCGCACAAGCAUCAUCUUUGCCAACACCUCGGACUGUGCAAGCACGAGGCCGGUGGGCUUCAAGUUGCCAAGAACAUGAACAUCCAAGUCCUGCCAGAUCACAAGCUCUCAUCUGUUGCCCCUCUGAAACCGUACAACAAUGCGGAAAAGAAAGACGUGGAAUUAAUUCUGGUGAAGGAACGGAAUGGGGCCCAGUAUAUAAACUCCUCAGUUGUCCCGUCCCCAAGCUCCAACGCUUGCCCACCAGCAUCCAGUGAGGUCGAGGAGAGAGAAACUUGGAGCAAGAAAAUUGACUUUCUCCUAUCAGUCAUUGGAUUUGCAGUGGACCUGGCCAACGUGUGGAGGUUCCCUUAUCUAUGUUACAAAAAUGGGGGAGGUGCCUUUUUGAUUCCUUAUAUCCUAUUUCUGGUGAUUGCUGGGAUGCCUCUCUUUUACAUGGAGCUGGCCUUGGGCCAGUACAACAGGGAAGGGGCCGCCACUGUGUGGAAGAUUUGCCCCAUUUUUAAAGGUGUAGGUUACACCGUGAUCAUCAUAGCUUUGUACGUGGGCUUCUACUACAACGUCAUCAUCGCCUGGUCCCUUUACUACCUGUUCUCCUCGUUCACGAGCGAACUGCCGUGGCUGAAGUGCGGCAACAGCUGGAACAGCAUCAACUGCACGGACCCGAAGCUCAUCAACGGCUCCGUCCUGGGGAACGGAAUGUCGUACUCCAAGUACAAGUUCACGCCGGCCGCCGAGUUUUACGAGCGAGGCGUUCUGCACCUCCAUGAAAGUAAAGGCAUACAGGACCUGGGUCUGCCCCGCUGGCAGCUGACUCUCUGCCUGAUGGUGGUGGUCUUCAUACUCUACUUCAGCCUGUGGAAAGGGGUCAAAUCCUCCGGCAAGGUGGUGUACAUCACAGCCACCAUGCCCUACGUGGUGCUGUUCGUGCUCCUGAUUCGGGGCAUCACCCUCCCUGGUGCCAUGGAUGGCAUCAAAGCCUACCUCCACAUCGACUUCAAACAGCUCAAGAAUCCCACGGUCUGGAUUGAUGCAGCAACUCAAAUAUUCUACUCCUUGGGUGCAGGAUUUGGAGUUUUAAUCGCAUUUGCCAGCUAUAAUAAAUUUGACAAUAACUGCUACAGGGACGCUCUCCUGACCAGCACCGUCAACUGCGUCACCAGUUUCUUCUCUGGGUUUGCCAUCUUCUCCGUGCUGGGAUACAUGGCCUUCAAACACGGAGUGAACAUUGAGGAUGUAGCAACCGAAGGGGCAGGUCUAGUGUUCAUCAUCUACCCUGAGGCCAUCUCAACUCUCCCAGGAUCGACCUUCUGGGCCAUAGUCUUCUUCAUCAUGCUCCUGACCCUUGGCAUUGACAGCUCGAUGGGCGGCAUGGAGGCGGUCAUCACGGGCCUCACGGACGACUUCAAGGUCCUGAAGAGGAACAGGAAGCUGUUCACGUUCGCCACGGCGUUCGGAACGUUCCUGAUGGCCUUGCUUUGCAUCACGAACGGGGGGAUCUACGUCCUGACCCUGCUGGACACCUACGCUGCAGGAACUUCCAUUCUGUUUGGGGUGUUGGUCGAGGCCAUAGGAGUGUCCUGGUUUUAUGGUGUGGACAGAUUCAGUGAGGAUAUCGAGCGUAUGAUGGGCUUUAAGCCUGGCCUCUACUGGAGGCUGUGCUGGAAGUUUGUCAGUCCCGCCUUCCUCCUGUUUGUGGUAAUUGCCAGCAUUGUGACGUCCACUGGUGCCAGGUAUGAUGACUACAUCUUUCCUCGAUGGUCCAAUGUGGUUGGCUGGGGAAUAGCACUUUCAUCUAUGCUUUUUGUACCAUUCUAUGCCAUCUACAAGUUCACCAGUGCCCCAGGAACAUUUAAAGAGAAGAUAGCUUACUGCAUCACACCUGAGCAUGAACAUCACCUUGUGGCUGAGGGCAAUAUCAGGCAGUUCAAGCUGAAGCACUGGCUGGCCAUCUGAAGUAGAGACCUCCCGGUCACUGUGCAAAAGGUCAGAGAAUGCUGGAGAAAUUCAGCUCCAGUGCAGAGCAGCCUGCUCGCUCUGCCAAAGAUCAGCGGCAUUCCUUGGAGAAGAAUCUUCUAGUUUGUGUUUUAGAAUGAUGUGCUAUCUGUGCUGUCUAUUUGUCUUGGACAUUUUUUAUCUUACUUGUUUUCUUUUUUUUUUUGUAAACAUUUUAUAAUAUUUAGUUUUGUCGUUUUUCUUUUUAUAGAUUUCUCAAACCUCCUAUUGUUUGAAACAGAGAUACGGCUAGCUAAAAAUAUAAUAUUUAUCUAAUGCAGCUAUAUAUUUGCAGCUAGCUAGCAAAGAAGCUUUAGCUUUAGAGCUUCAGGUCAAGCCAGUGCUGUGUAAGCACUGGACCCUGGACUGUUUUUUUUCCAGUCCAGUCCACUUUACUGAAAUAAAAGUUAGCGUUGCCUUCUAAAACAAAAUGUGACACUGACAACAGCAAGUUUCAGGAAGUUUAUGUAGCUGAAGAGAUAGAACUUGGAAUAGUAUGCCGUAAGUAUGAACCAAGUACUGUUCCACUGCCUGCAUGGCAUAGUCACAAACCCUUAUCUAAUGCCAACUUCAUUUUGCAUUGUGCUAUCAAUCGUAUCUAUAAUCUAUAGGGAUUUACCAUAUGUGUAUGUGCACACAGGCAGGUUUUUCAGAUGUAUAAAUGCAAAAAGAUCCAGAUGCACUAGGUUCAAUCCAGUGUUCCAGUGGGUGACACCUCAGGGUGGAUGUUGGUAAUCUGUAAGAUGUCAGAGGGGUCAGAAUUUUGGUGUAUCCGUGCAGUGACGGACCGAAAGGACACCUUACACCGAAUUCCUUGCAUUAUCUCUCCCUUCUGUCUCCGUCACAGGGAUACCCAGCAUUCCCUGUAUACUUGCAUAUCCCAGCGAGCAUUCUGGGAGCACUGGCAAUCAGUAGGGAGUGAGUGACACACUGCAGCCAAUCACUACAUAAGGCUUCUAAAUACCGCCAGCAUAUGGAGUCAUAUAUAUUCCUUACCCUGCAAUUCCCUGGCAAAUUGUCAGUAUGCAUUCCUGUCACACACGGAUGUGCGUAUUUAAAUUACUGCCUCUUACCCACCUUUGAAAUAGCUUUAUUUUGUUUUUUGUUUUUUUAAGGAGAACAAGUCAAGUGUGUCAGUGCCUUAUCAAGCAGAGCACUAAAACCCAUCCCAACUGUUUGCGGCUUCGUUGUGUCUUUUUAUUGGGCGGGUUGUGGUGGUUUAGGCGUUAUUCGUCGCAGACUUGUAGACUGUUUGGAGGUUUCUCCUGAGGCAGCUGGAUGUUCGUUUCUUUUGGGCCGAACUUCUUGUGAAAGGUCUGAAGCCAUCGCCUCUGAUCAGCAAAACCAAAUGCUGCUCUAAUUUCAAAUGACUUCAGCGAGUGCAAAUCAGCGGCUAUAUUCAGGAGCACUGGCAAUCAUUUUUACCAAGAGCUGUGCAAUCAAUGUUCUUUAAAGACACCUGUAAAUUCAACAAAAAGGAAUUCCAGCAAGUUUAUAGUUCACGUGAGAAUUCAAACUGCGCCGCGGUAGAUCGUACAAAACUGCUGACAAAAAAUGUUCCUCUGAAUUAUCAUUAAAUAGUGAUGUUAGCUGCACAUCUGUAACUGUACAUCAGUGCGUACCUUGGGUCCAUUUUACCAAUAGCUGCCAUACAGUAUAAGCUGCCAGCCUAAUUGUGAAUGAAGACUGUUCCUAUUGAGGUCACUUUCAGUAUAUAUGAAAGAUUUCUGGUCACACAUUGAUACAGACUAUUUACCCAGUGUACUGUAAAUGCUAAACAUUGCACACAGCUAGCAGAGUAUAUUUAUGAUGAGUUUGCGUUGUUGAAAUCAAGUGCUUUUCUUACAGUGCAUCAGUUCUGUCUACUUCACCACUCUGACAAAGAUCAGUCUCUAUUUUUGUGUGCUGCUGUUUUUAUAUAUUGUGACUACUUAUGUGCAAAACUUCAUAACUUUUAAGGAAUUGUUAUAUUCAGAAGUGUCUGAUAAGGUCCAUAUGGAUGCAGUAACAUAAUGAUAAAGAUUUUUCAGUUUAUUGGCAUUAUGUUAAUUCCAGGUUCAGCAUUUAUUGUCACAUGAUAGUCUGCACUGCAUUGAUUUGUUCUCAGUUUUCUUCCAAAGACGGUAUGUUUUGCAUGCGUGUGUGUGUGUGUGUGUGUGUGUGUGUGCGCGUGUGUGUGCAUGCAUGAGUGUGGAGGGGCGUAUGUAUGUUGACGUGGCCUAGAAGUAUUCUUUUUUUUUUUUUUUUUACUAUUAUACGUGAGAAAAUAGCUCAGUCACAAAUUAUGCCUGUAUUAUCCGAAAUCCGAAAUGUUUAUGAACUAUACACUGAUCAGUCAACAGUCUUAUAUGUUUUGUAUGAUAGUUUGCAUUUUAGAUUUUUACAGAAGCAAAAUUUUGCAACAAGAAAAGUGCCAGAAUUCCCAUUCAUAAACCUAGAUUUAAUCCACAUUUGUUUGGAUUCAGUUUAACUCAGUUAAAUCUGCUUUUGUUUUUUGUUGUUUUUUUUUCAGAAAGAAUUUGGAAUGUUCAACAAUCACAAUACUUUACUAGUCAAAUUAUAUUUGCAAAGAAAAAAACCUACACUAGUAUUUAUUUGUUAUUCCAAAUUAAGAACAAAUGUUGAUUGAACCCAGGCCAUAAUCUCUAGUUCUUAUUUUUUUAAUUAAUUCAACUUCUUUUUAAGAUCCAAAUAGGCAGUGAAUAAGCAACUCAUACACAUACAGUAUGAAAUGAAAAUAUAUUAUGAUGUAUAAAUAUAUUCUUUUGUUAUGUAUAAUCUUGUAUUUAUCAAAUUGUUUAUAACAGAAAGUGAAUGUAAAUAUUUUCUGCAUAGCUGUUGACUGUUAUAUAAUGGCGUUUGAUGUACAAGAGGAAAAAUAUUUUAAAAAUGUAUACUUCACUGUAACCUGGGGCAACGUUGCCAAAUGAAUGUUGACAAAUAACCUUGGAAUCAACAAACUGAGUUUACAGAAUACUAUGUACAAGGCAAUGUCCUCCUGAACGUCACAGACUGUAAAGAUAAAUACGUCAAAAUGUUCACAUAAGUAAAAUAAAACACCAGUGGAUACGA